AUUGACAUCUGCAAUGCAAAGCAACAGCAACACGUGUUGCUUCGCUAUGUUUUUGAUUUUGUGCAUAUUUCGGUAGAAAAAAAGUUGCGGUGAUUUUAUGUUAUUCUUUAUAUUUUAAACUUAGUGUCUUGGUGUUUUCAUAAUUAUCUUUUUGAUAGCUUAGUCACACACCUAUUAGAAUACAACAUGUCUAAUAAUUAAGUAGUAAUAUUACAAUGUCUCGGCUAAUAAUUAAAAAUUUACCCAACAAGAUAACUGUCGACAGCCUCAAGGAUAUAUUUAAUGAAAAGGGAGAGGUAACUGAUGUUCAAUUAAAAUAUACAAAAGAUGGAAGGUUUAGAAAUUUCGGUUUUAUUGGAUACCGGACAGAAGAACAAGCUGAGGCUGCAAAAGAAUAUUUUCAUGGGACUUGUAUCCGUUCUAUGAAGAUAGACGUGCAGGUUUGUGCCAACCUUGGUGAUGAGAAAAAGCCCAGAGCAUGGAGCAAAUAUGCACCUGACAGCACAGCAUACAAGAAAAUUCACAAGGAUGAAAUCCAAACUAAAUCAGAAAAUAAACUACAAAGAAAGAAAGAAAAGAAUAAAAAUAAAAUAAUUGAAUUACUCAGAAAGCAUAAAGAAGAUCCUCUGUUUGCCGAGUUCAUUGAUGCUCAUGUUAAUGAUAAAACAGCUUGGAUCAAAGAGGCUUUUGAAAAUGCUGCUAAUAGUGAUGAUGAUAGUGGUGUAGAAGAAGAGACAAAAAUUAAUACACCAUCCUUUAACAAUCCUACCCAAGAGCCUGUGGAUUCAACAGAUAAAAAUGAAAAAUCUGAAGAUAAGGUUGCCAAUAAACAAAUCAGUGAUUUAGAGUAUAUGCAACUGCUAAUGAAAAAGGUAGGGGGGGAAACCCAAAAAACUCAGGAAACUACUGAAGAGGUUGAAAAAAAAAUUAGAAACAGACCACUAUUUCAUGUAAAGAUAACUGGUCUUCCCUACAAAUGUAAAAAAAAAGAUAUCAAAGAGUUUUUUAGGCCUCUUGUUCCAUAUUCAAUAAGAUUACCUCUUGGCAAAGGGAAAAAAUUGGCAGGCUUCUGCUAUGUUGGGUUCCGGACAGAAAAAGAACUCAAGAAAGCACUUAGUAAAGAUAAACUAUUUAUAGCUAAUCACUGUGUACACAUACAUAAGUAUGAAGACCAGGCAAAGAAAGCUGCUGAAGAAGAGGAACAAAGUAAUCAAAAAAAGAGAGAAGAGAAACAAAACAGUGAGGAAACUAUUGGAGAAAGUGGAAGCAUAUUUGUAAGAAAUUUACCUUACGUAAUAUCAGAAGAUGAACUUACCAAAUUAUUUGAAAAAUAUGGCCCUCUUGCGGAAGUAAACAUGCCAAUAGAUCAAGUGUUGAGGCAGUCCAAGGGGUUUGCUACAGUAACAUUCGUGAUGCCGGAGCAUGCCGUUAAAGCCUACAAUGCGCUCGAUGGAACUGUCUUCUGUGGCCGCAUGCUCCACUUGCUGCCUGCCAAGACUGAAAAGUUAGAAGACAGCGAUGAUGAAGGCCUUUCUUUCAAGGAAAAGAAAUUGAAAAAGUUAAAAAAGCAAUCAAAAUCUUCACACAAUUGGAACACAUUGUUUUUGGGAGCAAAUGCCGUUGCUGACGUAGUCGCUUCCAACUACGACACUACGAAAGAACAACUACUGGCUGAUAAUAACAAAAAUACAAGUGUCGCUGUUAGGCUAGCUCUUGGAGAAACUCAACUGGUUGCAGAAACUAGAGCUUUUCUUGAAAACAAUGGCGUUUAUUUGGAUGCAUUCAACAAGCCUGCUCAGAGGAGAUCAAAAACUUGUAUAUUAGUAAAAAACUUACCAUCAAAUACAGAAAAGGAAGAAAUAAGGUUAUUAUUUGAGAAACAUGGACAAAUAGCUAGGUUUUUGAUGCCAAAACAUGGCAUUACUGCCCUUGUAGAUUUUGUAGAAACAUUUGAAGCUAAGAAAGCGUUUAAUAAACUAGCUUAUUCUCAGUUUAAAUCUGCACCUUUAUAUCUGGAAUGGGCCCCAGAAAAUGUGUUUGUUAAGACUUCUCAAACAGAGAAUGCCGAAACAGAGGCAAACAAAUCAACAAAAGAUGAAAAAGUAAAAGAUGAAGAAGUUAUAGAUGAUCAUCAAAAUCAAUCGAUUCAUUCAACACGAACAGAAGUCAAAGAAUCUGAAAUAAAAGAUUCUAAAAUUGAUAAAGAGUUGGGUGACCCCGAAAACGACACGACGUUGUUUGUAAAAAAUCUAAAUUUUAUAACAACAGAGGAGGAUUUGAAAAAGCAUUUUUUAAAAGCAGGAAAUAUAUACAGUGUGACAAUAGCCAAAAAGAAAGAUCCCAAAAAUCCAGGAAGCCUCCUUUCUAUGGGCUAUGGAUUUAUACAAUUUUACAAAAGACAGGAAGCAAACGAGGCACUCAAACUUUUACAAAAUUCUAUGUUAGACUCAAAAAAAUUAGAGUUGAAGAGAUCCGAAAGAGGAGCUUCGAAUGAAGUCAAGACAUCUAAAAAAAGCAGUAAAGAUACAGCCCAAAAUGGCACUAAAAUUCUGGUACGCAAUGUGCCAUUCCAAGCAAAUAGAAAUGAGCUGCAUGAAAUAUUCAGGGCAUUUGGAGAAAUAAAAACUUUGAGAUUGCCGAAGAAAUUGACUCCUGGUUCGGAACAACAUCGUGGUUUCGCUUUCGUCGACUACCACUCGAAAGCCGAUGCUAAGAGUGCAUUUGAAGCAUUAUGUUACUCAACACAUUUGUACGGAAGACGUCUAGUUUUAGAAUGGGCAGAUCAAACGGAUGAAAACGAAGACAUUACGACUUUAAGGAAGAGGACAGCCGAAAAUUUCAAUGCUAAAUUACCUGGCGGUAAAAAGUCAAGAAAGGCUGCUAUUGAUGCUGAAACAUUUGUUGAUGGUGAUAAAUAAUGUUUACACAAUUGUAUAUCUACUUUUUCAUGUGUGUGUAUAGCAAUUUAAAAUAAAAUGUUUUCAUAAAAACGCUUAAUAUACUUCCUUCUUUAUUCAUAUUGACACUGGUACAUAUUUUUUUACACAUAGCUGGAUGGCAUUAAGAGAUAUAAGUUAUCCUAUGUGUUAAUAUAUCUAGGUAUAUACUGUAUGAAAUUUAUAAUACUUUGUUUAAAGUAUGUUGCCUCUGUAUUACAGUAAAUUACUUCAUUCAUUCUAAUAUUUACAAGUUACAGAUGAAAUUUAACUAAAAAUAUUUCAUUUUUUUCUGCAAAUAUAAUUGUUUUAUCGCAACAUUAAAAAGAUAAGUUUCAAUUGCUCCUAAAACAACAAUUACAGUCCCCGGCACGUAACUUGGCAGGAGUCUUUAGAUGCGCAGAUUUUUAGGUCUCUGGUGCUGAAGCGCGACGCAUGGUAUGUUGUAGGGCCGAUACGAGCGCGCGAUUGGUGCGUCAGUCGACCCUUACCUCUCGCACCGUGUCUACGUUCCGUUCGCUCCCGAUUACACUUGCUUCCAUGAAAAUCUGUACCCUUUGUUUUUGUUGACGUUGAUAAGUUUUGUUGAUGAAUGUCGAAAUUAUGUGAGAAAGUUAAUAAAAAUUGAGGCUGACACAGCACAUUUUUUCAUUUACGCCGGUGGCGACAGCAACGAUAGCAGUCUCCUUCCGCCAGCUCAGGUGGUACUUACUUUACUGGUGGUAAUUUGAUGCCAGCCCCCCCCCCCCCCCCCCCCUCUUAGCAUGAGCACCGCGAUAUGAUAUAUAACGCGUUUUUAUCAUGUUCACUUGUUAAAUUACUAUGGAGUUUGACAUUUGGACGAGAUAAAAAUCGUGAUAUAAUGUAAAUUAUGGUGCUCAUGCUACGGGGACAGGGGUAGCAAUUUUAUCAACUGAUAGUGACGACGAGAACACUUUUUUUAAUACAUUUUGUGACUUUUAAUUGCAUAUAUUUUAUUUAUAACACAACCUUUAUGAAUUUCUCUGCUUUCUUUAAUUUCUUCUAAACAGACAUGAUUGAUAAUAAAUGAUGGCAAUAACCAUAGAAUAUAAUGAUAGGAAUAAAAGUGAUCACUUUUUUAUUCCACUAAGUGCACGAUGCGCCUACCCCCACAACGCGUUGCAACGCCAAAACCUUGCCAAGUUAGGUGUCAGGGACUGUACAUAAAUGGUUAGUCUUUAGAGAGCAAAUAAGAAAGUAUUUUGUACAAAAUAUCAAGUAGUGCAAUAUUUAAUACACACAAGAAUACUAGAACUAGAAAAUAUUUACAAACAUGUUCUUGUUACCUAGAACAAUAAUGAAAAAUAUACUAAGAUUAAGUUUAUGUGAUCAUUAAGUAAUAUUAUAAUGUUGCUAUUCCAUAACAAUCUAACUGAAUAAUAUAGCCAUAUUACAAACACAAAGAUUAAAUUAAAAAGAAAUCAGACAUGAAAAUGAAUUUAAAAAAUAUUGAAGGAAAAUAUAGUAUGGUCUAUUUUCAAAUUUUUACUUAAAGUUACUUUAAAUAUUGCCUAAUACUUACAUGAAAUAAUUUUAAGACCACAUACCUACCUCAUGCAUGGAAUAUAAGUGUUCAAGAAAGAAUUGAUUGCUACAUAGAUAUUUAGAGAGGAUUUAAAGAGACAUUGAUAUUAAUUUUUUGAACUUAUAUUGUAACAAGAAUAAGUUAGCCAUGAUUGAAUUUGUUGUUGCAAUUUCAGGAAUGUAUUUAUAUUAUAUUUUGUUUAUUACUAUAAUUAUGAUGAAUAACUUUUUUACAAUGAUAUAUAUAUUAAUACAUUUUUUUUUUUUACAAAAUCAAUGGAAAAAAUUAACCAAGCAAACAGAUAUGGUAGUCACAUGAAUCUUAAAAAAGAACAAUUGAAACCAUUUUAUGUGAUUCCCUUAAAUUUCAAUCAAUCUUUACAGUUGAAUAGAUCUUUCUCACAAAUAUGCUUGUGCCUAAAUAUCCCACAGUCCCACAUAUUAUUCCCAGAGCUAAACUGAAUAGAAACAUGUAUCCAAAAUAGAAAGUUGUUUGGAAUAAACCAUACAUCUUUGUUUUAAACACAAAGUAAUAGAAAGAAUAAAAAUACACAUAAAUAGCUGUACUACCAGCUGAUAAAAAGCUUGUCCAUUGCCAACGAUAAUCCUCAGCAUUUAACAAGAAAUAAGUACAUACAAUAGUAACACACACUGUAACUAUCAUCAAAAUCAAGAACACCAGUAGCAUAAAUCCAUAUACAUAGUAAAUUUUAUAUGCCCAGAAUGAAGUGAAAAUGAAAUACAUUUCAAUAAAUAUUGAACCAAAUGGUAAAAUGCCUCCCAUUAUGAUGAUCACAAAAGGUUCCAUAAACCAUUUUUUUUCUGGUAUAGGCCUAGGAACAGCAUUAAUACGACAUGGAUAGUCUGGUUGUCCAGCUAAGUUUCUACCUAAUACUGUACCAACCAAAGUUAAAGGCAAAAUAACAAAAGUGCAAAUUGACAUAACAGCAACCAUACUUCCAAAAGGUAUGGCUCUAGAAGCAUGAUAAUACAUUGCAAUAAAGUUAAUAAAGAAUGCUGUUCCGCAGACUAAAACAGGUAACAAGAAUGCCGAGAGUAACAUUUGCUUGAUCCAUAACUUUCCCCCCAUCCUUGCAUAGAGGGAUCCGCCAAAAUAACCAUUUAUUGGAGAUGUGGCUGCAUAAAUAAAAAUUGCUGUGGACAGUAGAGAUCCCCUCUCUGUAUACAAUUCACCAAAGAUAGUGAAAAUAAUGACAGCUAGUGUUACCACUGUCAACUGAUACCCUGACCCAACAAGGGCAGAGAACAAAGCUAGAUGAGGAACAGGCCUAAAUACAUCACCAUGAACUUGCUUCCAACCAUAUUCAUCCCCUAAAUCUUUUUCCAAGUCAUCAAGAUCAUCAUCUUUUGAAUACCUAGCAUAGUCUUUCCGCAAUGUUCUCAUAAGAAUCAUAGAAACUAAACCUACUAAAAAUAUCACCAUCAUGAAACUAUUGAAAAUGCUAAACCAAUGUAUUCUAUGUUGGAAAAAGUUAGGAUCCAAAUAUUUGUCAAAUCUGUCUUCAAAGCGUAUAUUACUUUUCUUCCAAUUUACUUCAUAGGUGAAAGGAAUUUUAGCAUCAGGUGUUAGUCGUUCUUUAUUUUCGGCAGUAAGAUUAACUUCCACAAUUCUGUUUCCAUUGUAUCCUAUAUCAAAUUUCUUGUGGGUCCAAAUAUAAUAUUGAUCGCCAUCUAUCUCACCAACUAUGCCCCAAAUUGGGAGGUCAUCAAUGUACAUCUGGUACCAAUAAUGAUUCUUCACAGCGUACACAAGAGCCUUGUAAGAUUGUUCAUUAAGCUCAAUAGCACAGAAUUGUUGCGCCGGUACAUUAUCCUUGAAAGUAAUAUCAAGACCACUAAAUUCAAGCUCUACACCUUGCAGCGCUUCUGAUAAGGUCUCAUGGUAAUGACCUAUAGUUACUUUCGUCCCAACGCAAAACGGUAGCGAAAAAUAUGCAUACGUCUCUUGUCGAUUGUGAUAUGGUCCUACGGUGUUCAUCCAAAGCACAACUUGCUCUCCGUCUUUAUAUAAGUGUGCAUGUUCAUCACAUUUCACUAAAGUCCAAAACGUAAUAAAAUAAUAAAUGAACUUCAUUUUAGUGUAACUGAUCGAUUUGUAAUAUUUUAAAUUAAAAUAAACAUAACACGUAUGAAAAAGGUACCGCCGUCGGACAUUUAAUCAAGUGUUGCCACCUAUAAAAAAUACUUGUACAGUUAGCGAUCAUCGUUUUUUCGAUAACAGAUAAUUUUACGAAUUAUUUUUCCCCAAUGUUCUUUUUAUAUAUUAUAUAUUUCCCUAUUAUCCUGCUGUUGUUGUUGACAACCAAACGCAGCACGCCUG